UGUGACUGUUCCUUAUCACGGAAUUGAAUUCAUAUAUAAAGGGAAAAUGGUCACGAAAUCCGUCAACUCCCCCCUCUCUCUCUUACCUUUAACCAACUUCCAACAGGACAUAAACAAGAAUAAACCGUUUGUUUGACGAUUUUUCUUGGAAACUUCUAGCUUUUAAUAAACAUAAACUUUUUAAAACUGGUUCUUCUUUUGUAGUAUUUUGAAGAAACGGUGAUUUAAAGACAUAGAAGAUAUUGCAUUUGCAAGAAGUUAACGUUAAUAUUAUAUUGGACCCCCUUCGUUUUAAUUAAUCAAAAUGGCUUCUACUCAACAACCUACUGCUCCCGUCAGCCCCAAUCUUUUGUCCGAGCAAAAGAACUCCCAUUUCUUGGUCGACUUUCUUAUGGGUGGUGUUGCUGCUGCCAUCUCCAAGACUGCUGCUGCCCCCAUCGAGCGUGUCAAGCUUUUAAUCCAAAACCAAGAUGAAAUGAUUCGUGCUGGUCGUCUUUCUCACCGCUACGCCGGUAUUGGUGAGUGCUUCAAGCGUACCGUAGCCGACGAGGGUAUUGUCUCUCUCUGGAGAGGUAACACUGCUAAUGUUUUGCGUUACUUCCCUACCCAAGCUUUGAACUUUGCUUUCAAGGAUAAGUUCAAGGCCAUGUUCGGCUACAAGAAGGACAGAGAUGGUUAUGCUAAGUGGAUUUUCGGUAACUUGGCUUCUGGUGGUGCCGCUGGUGCUACUUCCCUUUUGUUUGUCUAUUCUUUGGACUAUGCUCGUACUCGUUUGGCUAAUGACGCCAAGUCUGCCAAGAAAGGUGGUGAGCGCCAAUUCAACGGUUUGGUUGAUGUCUACCGCAAGACUGUUGCCAGUGAUGGUGUCCGUGGCUUGUACCGUGGUUUCGGUCCUUCCGUUGCUGGUAUCAUUGUUUACCGUGGUUUGUACUUUGGUAUGUAUGAUACCUUGAAGCCCAUCGUUUUGGUUGGACCCUUGGAAGGUAACAUCUUGACCUCUUUCUUGCUCGGUUGGUUCGUAACUAUUGGAUCUGGUAUUGCUUCUUAUCCUUUGGAUACCGUCCGUCGUCGUAUGAUGAUGACCUCUGGUGAAGCCGUUAAGUACAGCUCUUCCUUCGAAUGCUUCCGUCAAAUCCUUGCUAGGGAAGGUCCUCGUUCUUUCUUCAGAGGUGCUGGUGCUAACAUUCUCCGUGGUGUUGCUGCUGCUGGUGUCCUUUCCAUCUACGAUCAAGCUCAGCUCUUGAUGUUCGGCAAGAAGCUUUAAAUAGCUUGAAAAGCCUAGCUCUAUAUAUACCGAACUUCUUACUUUUGCUUUUACGAAUUCCCUUUCACUUUUUCAAAGUCUUGUCGACGUUGGUCUGUAUCCUGUUUAUAGGGAAGAAAUUGGAGUGCCAUAAACCUAGUUGUUACAAAAAAUGCGUUACUGAGCUUGUACUUUUGUAAAGCAAAAAAGCUUAAUACUUGUACAAGCUCACUCACACAUCUUUUGUUUCAUUGAUCCUUACUUCCUUUUCUUUUCAUUAUAGUCCCUAGACAGAAGAUGAUUCAAGGAUCAUCUAUUUGGAAAACCUAUCUCUCUUUACAAAGAUUCUUUGUGUUUACAGUCAUGAAUGAAUGUUCCUGCAGUAUAAAAAUCUGAUUGGUGAAAUUAAUAAGAAAGUAAUCGUAGCUAGCAGUCAAUGUAUGAACGCUUGUAGUAGUUGAGCAAUGUACUAGUUUCGAUUUAAUAGAAAGAGAACCUAAUGUUAGCAUGUAUGAUUUUGUA